AUGAGGUUGCGGAGCCUGCAUUCCACCCUGCUGCUUCUCGUCGCCUGCGCGCUAGCAGCGAAUUAUCCGCUACUCGCGGAUUCGCGAGUGCUGUCAAGAGCCGAGAUAGACAGAAUCCAAGCGGUGAAGGCGGCCGUUGACAGCCAUGCGCGCGUGCUCGCGGGGGAGCGUUGGGUGCGCACCUAUGGCAACUUCCGCGUGGCGCGGGAAUUGAAUAUCGGCCAGACGCCUUCCGCCGCGCCUGAGGGUCCGGUGGUGGCGGCGGCGGCAUCGGCGGCGCGCGAAUCCAUUGGGCUGCUGGGAAUCAAAUCUUUCUCCACCCCUCAUCCUCCCCCCGCUCUUCUCUUCCCCCCACCCUCCCCCCCACUUCCGUUUUUCGUAGAGGGCCCCGUGGUAGCGGCGGCAUCUGCGGCGCGCGAAUCCAUCGGGCUGCUGGGAAUCAAAUCUUUCUUCGAAGACGCCGCUGAUGCCGCCAGCGGCAAUGGCGCCUCUGAUCCCGCCAGCGCCGAUAACGGCGCCGCAGCUACAGCCGGGCCGUUUGUUGCGGCGGGGAACGACGCGAGCGUCGCGAAUGCGCUUGCGAACGGCGCGACGGACAGCAGCAGCGGAGCGUCGACCUCGUCGUUGCCCUCCUCCUCCUCCGCAGCUACCACCGGGCCGUUUGUGGCGGUGGGGAACGAUGCGAGCGUCGCGAAUGCUCUGGAGAACGGCGGAACUGACAGCAGCAGCGGAGCCUCUGUACCCCGUCUGACACGGACCCACUACCGCAAGGCGGGCCCCCUGUGCCAAGACGUCCGUCCCUUCUUUCCCUCCCCUCUUCCUGUCUUCCUCCUCUCCUCCCCUCCUCGUUUCCUCCCUUGCUCCUCUCCUCCCUCGAUCCUCUCCUCCCUCGACCCCUCCUCCCACCAGCGUCACAUAUUUCCCCCAAGUCCAUCGCGUUCCACGGGGGGGCAGUCCUGUCAGACCCAAUCACCGUCUACCUCAUCUGGCACGGCACCUGGACGGACGAGCGCAAAGCUCCCCUCGUGUGCCGGUGAACGCGCGCUAAUACAUGUGUACCGUCUUCCCCUCUUCAUGCCCUUCCUUCCCCAUCACCAGCUUCGGAUGCUUCCUCCAACCCCAUCGCCUUCCACGGCGGCGCGGUCCUAUCCGACCCAAUCACCGUCUACCUCAUCUGGCACGGCACCUGGACUUAUGAGCGUCUUGCUUCCUUUCGUUCCCAUCUUCCCCACACGGUCCCCAUCUCUCCCCGUCCACUCGGCAGCUUCAGGUGUUGCCCAAAACCCCAUCGCGUUCCACGGGGGGGCAGUCCUAUCGGACCCAAUCACCGUCUACCUCAUCUGGCACGGCACCUGGACGGACGAGCGCAAGGCGCCCGUGCGCGCGUUCAUUCGGUCGCUGGCGGACGCGGGCGCGGGCGGGGCGGGGGAUGGCGCGGGGGGGAGCAGCGUGGCGGGGAGUGUGCGCGAGUGGUGGAACGUCAACCGGCUGUACCAUUCGGGGCGCGAGCACGUCGCUGGGAGCAUCGUUCUCGGGACCCCCGAGGUGGAGAUAGAGGCGGCGAGCAGUGGCGAGGGGCAGCCGCCCGCAUCCAAGAACGAGAUCAACGCCAUCAUCAACUACCAGCUCCGUUCGCGCACGCUCCCCCGCCACGAUUCAGCCAUCUACGCAGUCUUCACCUCUGAUGACGUCGACAUGGCCGGCUUCGGCUCGUCCUUUUGCGCCUUCCAUGACGUCAGCACGGUGCACUUCACCUGGACGGGCAUGCCGUCCAGGUUCAUCCCCCAGUGCACGCAUGCAGCCGCCCCAGGUAACACCUACCCCCACGGGGACAGGGCACUGGCUGGGCUGAUCUCCAACUUCGCCCAUGUGCUCGCCGCAGCUGCGGCGAAUCCGAACCUGUUGUCUUGGUUCGACAAGGAGGGUCGGGAGGCCAUGGGUCUGUGCGGUAACAACUUUGGCACGGUGUAUACCAGUAGAGAUCCGCUGCCGGUGGAGUACAAUGCGGUGGGGAGGGGUGGAGAGCGGUUCCUGCUGCCCACGAACCUCAACCCUGUGACUGGUAGCUGCAUUAACGGCCUGUCAGUCGCGCCGGGUCAAUGCGGGCCCAAGUUUUUCGGAUUCCCUUGUGACACAGUCACCGCGACCGAGGCUGACACCGAACCUGCUGCCGAAGCUGCCGCCGCAGGCUCGGACAGUCUGGGGAGUGGGGCAGGGUCGGGGUUGGGAGUGGUGGCAGCGAGUGUGUUUGGGGGAGAGGCGGAAAAAGCAGUGGUUGGUGGGGAGGGGGAUGCAAGGAAAGUCAAGGACCCUCGAGUGGCUGAAGCAGAGGCAGCAGGGCUCGAUCUAUCAGUUGGGGGGAAGAACGUGGGGAGAUUCUUAGAACCUGGACAGUUUGACCCGGCUAAGGGGGACAGAGACGAGGACGAUGGGAUCAAGGGGCAGGGUGCGGGAAGCACGGACGAUUCAGGUGCGGGUGCGGGUUCGAACGUGUUUGAGAGCACGGGGUAUGCGGAUGGGGGUGAGAAGGAGGAGGAGGAGAGGCAUGAGGGAGGUGAUGCGUAUGGUGGUACGAAGGGUGGUGAUCCGUUUGCUGUGGAAAGGGUAGGGGAAGAGGGGGUGGGGGCGGAUGAGGAGGUGGGGACAGGCGAGAAGGUGGGAGCAGGUGCUGGCUCAGGGUCGGAGGAGAAUAGUGAGGGCAAGGGCCAUGGUGAUGGUGAUGGUGAUGGUGAUGGUGAUGGUGAUGGUGAUGAUGUGUUUCAGAGCACAGGGUACCCGGAUGGCUCAGUGGACGAGGAGGAGAGCAGGCAUAAGACAGGUGCUGGUGCAGGAGUUGAAGAGAAGAGUGAGGGCAGGGGAGACGGCGACAGUGAUGGUGAUGAUGUGUUUCAGAGCACCUGGUACCCGGAUGGCUCAGCGGACGAGGAGGUGGGGGCAGGGGAGGAAGUGGGGGCAGGCGCUGGUGCAGGAGCAGAGGAGAAGGGUGAGGGUAAGGGAGAUGGUGACAAUGAUGAAGACGAUGUGUUUCAGAGCACAGGGUACCCGGAUGGCCCAGGGGACGAGGACGAGAGCAAGCAUAAGGCAGGUGGUGGGGGAGGCGGGAGUGUGGGGGCGGAGGGGAAGGCUCAACCGGGGGAGGUGAACCCGUUUGUGCACCACUCCAACCCGGAUGAUGCUAAUUCUGCUGCUGCUGCUGCUGCUUUGGCUGGGGGAGGUACUGCUGGUGGUGAUGAUGGUGGCAACGGGGAGGGUAGUACUAGUGAGGGUAGCACGGGGGAUGAUAGUGGCAGUGGCGUGGGUGCUGAUGAUGAGGAAACCAGUGAGAGUGGUGAUGGGGACGUAUUUGAGAGGCUUGCGUAUUCUGAAGCGGGUGGGGACGUGGAGGGUGGGGAGGGAGGGGAGCAGGGUGAGGGGAGUGAGAAGGAGGAUGGCAGUGGAGACGCCUCUAAUGUGUUUGAAAACACAGGGUACCCCGAUAGCGACCAUGCCAGUGCUGCCAGUGCUGCUAGCAACGAUGCACACCCAUCAGCCCUGUUCCCAGGCGGCGACAGUGCACCGACUAAUGUGUUCGAUGACUUGGGGGACGGGGGCAGUGAGGAGGUGGGAGCGGACGGAGCGGGGGAGGGUAGCAGCAGCAAGGCGUCAGGGGGGUUGGUGUCGGGUGGGUUCCAGGCAGGGUUAUCAGCGGGGUUUGAGUUUGAUCUGUCGCAGUUCAAGCUGGGCGAGAGGGAAAGCCCUUCUGCUCCCCACUUGUUCCCCGACGCCGCCACUGCUGCGGCAGGGGGGGCGCAGGGGGAGGUGCAGCAGCCGCAGCAGCCGCCGCAGCAGCCGCAACAGCAGCAGGAGGGGGAGAAAAUUUCUCAAAAACUGCUCAUAGGCGCUCUCUCUGUUGGGCGCCUCUCUGUUGGGCGCCUCUCUGUUGGGCGCCUCUCUGUUGGGCGCCUCUCUGUUGGGCGCCUCUCUGCUGGGCGCCUCUCUGCUGGGCGCCUCUCUGCUGGGCGCCUCUCUGUUGGGCGCCUCUCUGUUGGGCGCCUCUCUGCUGGGCGCCUCUCUGCUGGGCGCCUCUCUGCUGGGCGCCUCUCUGCUGGGCGCCUCUCUGUUGGGCGCCUCUCUGUUGGGCGCCUCUCUGCUGGGCGCCUCGCCUCUAAAAGGCGCCUCUCCUCUAAGAGGCGUCCCUCCUCUAAGAGGCGUCCCUCCUCUAAGAGGCGUCCCUCCUCUAAGAGGCGUCCCUCCUCUACGAGGCGCCUCUCCUCUAAGUGGUGCCCCUCCUCUAAGAGGCGUCCCUCCUCUAAGAGGCGUCCCUCCUCUAAGAGGCGUCCCUCCUCUAAGAGGCGUCCCUCCUCCAAGAGGCGUCCCUCCUCUAAGAGGCGCCUCUCCUCAAAGUGGUGCCCCUCCUCUAAGAGGCGCCCCUCCUCUUUGAGUGGGUAA